AUGCAUCGGUCUUCAGCUGAAUCUGCAAAAGACGAUGUUCAUGCGCAACGGAUGGGUCUCGGAUGCCCUUUAACGCUCAACGGAACGAACAUAUCCGAAUGUACCAGCUACGUUUAUCUGGAUCGGAAAUUGAGUAUGAUAAACGACCUGACCCUGGGCAGGAGGAGACGAGCGGCUUGGGGAGCGUAUAAGAGCAUCGAGGAUGUAGUGAAGAAGACCAGGAACACCCUGCUGCUCACCUCUUAA